AUGGGUGAUAAUGAUGUCGACUUCGUCACUAUUCGUAGACGUCGUCAGAAUGAUUCUAAAAGGGAUGUCGACCCAUACGGUCAUUUGAAAGCCAGGUUUGAGAAAUUCUUUUCUAUAGUGGCCAAAGACCCUUUUUUCAAACUGAUAGCCCAUACGGUGGUGGAAAACUCUACUAAAUUGACACACAUAAGAUGUCUUGCACUAGGAAAUCUUGCCACUGAUAGUAGUGCAUUUUUCCAGCUCUGUCUUCUAAAGUAUUUACAAGACUAUUUAAUUGGAGACAUUGAUGUAUCUGUGUACGAUCCAGUUUUUGAUGACUUGGAUGUUCAAUUUCUCCAGGACUACUUGCACUAUAAAGUAGAAAAAGAGUAUUCUCUAGAUAAUCAUCUUGUUGAUCAGGUCUUAUUUUUUAUGCCUCAUGCCUUAUAUUCGACUAUUGAAGAUAUUGUCCGUGAGGUGAAACCUUUGAACCUUUUGACCAAUAACGUUGUGAAAUAUUCUUACAAUCAUUCUGAUGCUGAAAAUCUUCGCAAGAUCCCCAACUGUGCCACUAUUGCACAUCUUGUUACGACUGACCAAGGAUUCAAAGCAUCAGUAGGUGACUCUGAUGGAGGAUUUAAGGUGGUUACUCGUAGGAAACCUGGUAAACGUAUGUCCUCAAAGGCAUUCAUUCCUCCUACACUCGAUUAUCAUUUAGAAAGCCGCUACUUCUCCUCUGUCUAUUCAAAAGUAUUUUCUGAUCCCUCGUCUAAUAUCUGGAAUAAUGCUUUCAGUGACUUGGCCUUCAUUAGAUUGUUCAAAAGGCAAUGA